AUGAGAGCUUGGGGUGCGAACAGCUAUGGACAACUUGGUCUUGGUCAUAAAGAGGAUGUGCUGGUACCUCAGGCACUGAAAGAUGUUUCCUGCAAAUGUCAAGACGUUAAAAGCAUUACUGGAGGAGGGGGACACUCUGCAGUUAUCACUGGUGCAGGAGAACUCUUUGUAUGUGGCCAUAACAAAGAUGGGCAGCUGGGAUUGAAUCACAGAGAAGAUGUACUACAUUUUACUUUGUGCACUGCCCUGUCUGGAUUUUGUGUAAAGCAAGUUGCCUGUGGCUGGGAUUUUACAGUUGUGUUAGUAGGAUCUGGCCUAGUUCUGUCCUGUGGGUCUAACUCUUUCGGACAAUUAGGAGUUCCUCAAAUUUCAGGUCCCUGCUUGAUUCCACAAAAGAUUGAGUCUCUCAAAGAGAAGGUGGUGGAUGUUGCUGCAGGACUGAGACAUGCCCUUGCUGCUACAGAGAGUGGUUUGGUGCUUCAGUGGGGAACUGGCAUGGCGUCUCAGGCAAAGCGUGCACACCAAGGGAAAAUCCUCCCCCUGUUCUUGACAGCAAAGGAACCUUGUGAAGUAACAGGUCUGGAAGAUGUAAAGGUGAAGGCAGUUGCUGCAGGCUCCCAUGAUUCGGUGUCGCUCACAGAUGAAGGACACCUGUAUGUCUGGGGUAGCAACAAACACGGGCAGCUAGUGAGCAAAGAGAUCUUUCUUGCUGAGCCCAAGAAGAUAGAGACUCAUUUUUUUUCACAUGAAAAGAUUGGAGCAGUUUGGAGUGGCUGGACCCACGUGGUGGCACAAACAG